GACAGUGGUAAAGGAGGAAAUUUCACAACUCGAUGAAAUGGAGGAGAAACCUCAUCAUUUGAUACCCAAAGAAGAAUCUCUGAGCUGCUCGAUUACUGUGAGGAAUUUGUCACCUAAAAGGAACAACAAGCAAAAGGCAAAAGCCAAGGAUGCUCUUGUGUGCCCUCAGUGUGGAAAGACCUAUAAUAAGAAAUAUAAACUUAUUGAGCACAUAAGAAUUCACACUGGAGAAAGACCUUACAGAUGUGAUCAGUGUGGAACAACUUUCAUUCGCAAGUCUUGCCUUGAUGUUCACAAAAGAAUUCAUACUGGAGAAAAGCCUUACAGAUGUGAUCAGUGUGGCAAAACCUUCAAGACUAAAUACCACCUUACUGAGCACAUGCAAAUCCACAAUGGUGAAAAACCUUACAACUGUGAUCAGUGUGGGACGACCUUCACUCGCAAGUCUAGCCUUAAUGUUCACAUGAGAAUUCAUUCUGGAGAAGAGCCUUACAGCUGUGAUCAAUGUGGAAAGACCUACAAGAAUAAAUGGCACUUUAAAGACCACACAAAAGUUCACAAUGGAGAAAAACCUUACAGAUGUGAUCACUGUGGAAAGAGUUUUAUUCGUAGGGCUGACAUUAAUUGGCAUAAGAAAAUUCACACUGGAGAAAAACCUUACAGUUGUGAUCAGUGUGGAAUGAGUUUUAAUCGUAGAAUGAAUCUCAUCAGGCACAUAAGAAUUCACACUGGAGAAAAACCUUACAGUUGUGAUCAGUGUGGAAAGAGUUUUAAUCGUAGAAUGAAUCUCAUCAGGCACAUAAGAAUUCACACUGGAGAAAAACCUUACAGUUGUGAUCAGUGUGGAAAGAGUUUUAAUCGUAGAAUGAAUCUCAUCAGGCACAUAAGAAUUCACACUAGAGAAAAACCUUAAACAAAAGCCCCUACUACGCUGAUUUUCACAUUUGAAGAGUUCAGAUGCAAAAACCACUAAAUGCCACCUCUGUCAAAAAAAGAGUUAAUGAUAUUAACUGAAUGCUCUUGGCAUGUAUUAUACUUUCAUCAAAUACUUCUGCUUCAAAUUUGCUUAAUCCCACCCUCAUAAUCCUAAAUCCCGCCAGAAAUACUGCUUUGUUGGCAGAAUCCAUUAGGAGUUUCAUAGAAAUGCUCAUUUACAACAAAACGCGUCAGGGUGGUCCAGAUCCUUUUUAGAGAAGGGCUUCAGCCACCCUGUCUUUCAUCUUAGCCAUUUUGCUUUAUAUAGAUGGAUAAUGACUUUCAGACCAGACACCACAGGCAAGAUAGCCAUUUUUGAGCAUACUGGUCAAGUUUCAGAGCCGAACACGACCCACAAAGGUGUCUAAUCCUUCCUACAUGAAGCUUUAUACAGUAUUAUUAAAUAUUAAAGUAACAGUAUGUAAGAAAUUUAUAUCAAUGAAUAAUAAAAUGGCCCUGAUAUGUCACUAGACAUUAAGAAAUCAUUUUCAUUUCAAAUACUUAUAUCACUGACAACAGUGGUCCGGCCAAAAUAUUGUCAUUUAAAAAGUGAAGUUGCAGCCCUCAACUGAUGUUUAUGUUGUCAUGUUGUUUAUUGGCCACCAGUUGUGUGAUUGCAGUACCAGUUUUGGCCACAAUCCUACAUGCUGUUCCUUUAAAUACAUAUUUUAACAACCCUUUUAGGGGAAACACUGCAGUCGCGAGUGUCUAGUUUAUUUUCAAUAGAACAUAUGCAGAAAGCGGCAAAACACGGACACGUGCAUAGGCGUUGUGCAUGUGGAUGCUCGUGCACCCAAAAGCUGCCAUUUCUGCAAGCAAGGCUCUCUUUGUGGCAGGCGCAGAGAAAAUCGGCAGAUGUGCGGCAAUUCUGACGCUUUUUCGCGUACCGUGUAUGGAACGCACUUGAACCAGUUUCUUCACUGUGUUCACACCGGCGAGAGCGUAAAAAAAUGACGCUAUAGAAAAAGAGUAGUGAACGCUCUGACACUCGAAUGCAUUAUCUGGAAUCCUCUCAAGCGGAGUUUUCUACCUUUCAAUUGGUUGCUGCAGAACAUUUCUGCCCUCUGAUUGAUUGCUGCCGAACCGCGUCAUAGCUCAUUACCGUAAAGUUGAGCUGUUUUUAAAUCUCAAUGCUCACACCGUACAUGAUGUGCUGCUUUGCUGAUCGACGAAGCUCGCCACCGGCUCUCAUUGAAAAUGAAUGACUUCCGGCCACUUUGACGCUCUCGUCGGUGGCAGUGUGAACGCACGGUUAGAAAACCGUAAUGGCGACACGUGACUAACAGCAGUGGUUUCUGGCCUGCACUCACACAUUGACGUCUACAAAUGAGAAUUGCAUCCAGCCUACAACCUGAAAUGAGUUUGACACCCCUGGUUUUGUGCAUAGUAUUUUGAAAAUGUAUGAAUUUAUAAUGAAAGAUAUCCAAAAUAUCUUCUGUAUAAAGAUCACAUCUCUUGUUAAAAUUGUUAACAAGUUGUUAAAAUGAAAUACAGUUUUUGAACAUAAGUUUUCUUAAUAUCUUAAUUGUAUUUUUUUGGCGUAAAGGCAAGUUGAAUGAGCUUAUGUCCUAUUUGCUAUUUUCAUAAUUAAAUAUACUUUCAAAGAAACUGUGUAAUGGAAAAAAUACUUGUAAUAAUGUAUAUAAUGUAUUGGUAAAGUUUCAAGUUAUAUUAAAAAUAUCCUCUAUUCA